AUAUUCUGAGUGUGGAUGGUCUACUUUUUGAUUUUUUUGGUCCCUCUCCGCAUUUCCGCUUUUCAUCUGUCUAUCUGUCCUGUAAAGUUCCUUCAAGCGUUUUAGUCCACGAGGUUAGCUUUGAUCUUCCGAGAUGCAGAAAGCAACUAAGACGACCAAAGAGGCUAUUCAGAGCGUCCAGGUUUUCGGGCGGAAGAAAAGUGCCACUGCUGUAGCUUACUGCAAGCGAGGCAAGGGAAACCUGAGGGUCAAUGGCAGACCUCUGGAGAUGGUGGAACCCCGAGUGCUCCAGUAUAAACUGCAAGAGCCUAUCCUGCUACUGGGCAAGGAGCGUUUCUCUGGUGUGGACAUCAGGGUGAGAGUGAACGGUGGAGGUCACGUAGCCCAGAUCUACGCCAUCAGGCAGGCCGUGUCCAAGGCCCUCGUCUCAUAUUACCAGAAGUAUGUAGAUGAAGCCUCCAAGAAAGAGAUCAAGGACAUCCUGAUCCAAUACGACAGGACUCUGUUAGUCGCUGAUCCCAGACGUUGCGAGCCAAAGAAGUUUGGAGGUCCAGGCGCCAGGGCAAGAUACCAGAAGUCAUACCGUUAAUGUUCUUCUUUUAUUUUUAUCAAUAAAAAUGGUUUGGUAAAAUCCA